AAUGUGAAGGUUGUGUUCCCCGCAGAUUCUGAAUCUUGGUGAUGGAUGUUGCUCAAACUCAAGUACGGACUAUACGAGUGGUCGAUGUAGUUGCAGAUGAGUGUCAGAGGCUUUUCCACCAUUUUUUGGAAACAUUUAAGGAAAAUGAUGUUCUGAAAUAUGUAGAAGCUGCUAACGGUCUCAAACAACUUGAGAAAAAUACACUGUCAGUGACCUUUACAGACAUAAUAGUAUCUGAUACGAGGUUAUCUGGGCUAAUUCAGGACGAGUUUUAUAGGCUGUAUCCUGCACUUUGCUCAGCCACAAAUAAUUUCGUGAAUGAUCACGUACCAGAUACGCAGAAUUCAGGAAGGGACUUCUACGUCAGUUUUACAGACGUACCUAGCCUACACAGGAUGCGAGACCUCACAGCAAGUCAGUUAGGAAGGUUGAUCAAAGUACGUGCUCAGGUCGUACGAGCACACCCUAUUCACCCCGAACUUUUAAUGGGUACUUUCCGAUGUUCCGAAUGUAAAAUAGUGAUAAGAAAUGUGGAGCAGCCUUUCAAGUAUACCCAGCCAACUGUAUGUUUUAAUCCUCAAUGCGGGAACCGUCUUAAGUUCGAGUUGCUUACGAAUGAGUCGAAGUUCGUUGAUUUCCAGAAAGUUCGAGUUCAAGAAACUCAGUCUGAAUUACCUCGAGGAAGCAUUCCACGCAACCUUGAAGUCAUACUACGUGCAGAUACAGUAGACCUUGCGCAACCUGGUGAUCGAUGUGAAUUUAUUGGGACUCUUAUCGUUAUCCCUGAUGUUGGACAACUAGCGACACCCGGUGACAGAUCGUUAGAGGGUAAGCCGUUACGAGGACGAGACAAUCAAGAAAUCGGCGGUGUGACUGGUCUAAAAGCGUUAGGAGUGCGUGAGCUUUCUUACCGGACAGCGUUUUUGGCUUGUACUGUCAUACCUUCAAAUGGAAGAUACUUGCCAUCAGAUGAAUUAGAAGAGUCAGAUGCUAUCUCUUACGAAGCAUUGUCAAAAAGACUGACGCCAUCUGAGCUCGAUACAAUUUGCCAAAUGAGUCAGGAUCGAAAACUUCUUACAAACAUGUGCAAAUCUCUUUUCCCGACUAUUCACGGUGCUGAUGAAGUUAAGAAAGGUAUCCUGUUGAUGCUUUGUGGUGGUGUACCCAAGAUUACUGAAGAGAAAACUCAUCUCCGUGGAGAUCUAAACGUAUGUCUAGUUGGUGACCCAAGUACAGCGAAGUCUCAGUUCUUGAAACAUGUUGAGAGAUUUUCUCCACGUGCCGUUUAUACUAGUGGUAAAGCCAGUUCAGCAGCUGGUUUGACAGCUGCAGUAGUCAGGGAUGAAGAGUCCUUCGAAUUUGUCAUUGAAGCUGGAGCACUAAUGCUUGCAGACAAUGGAGUUUGCUGCAUAGACGAAUUCGAUAAAAUGGAUCUUAAAGAUCAAGUUGCAAUUCACGAAGCGAUGGAACAACAAACAAUUAGCAUAACGAAGGCUGGUGUAAAAGCUACACUGAAUGCUCGCACUUCUAUUCUCGCGGCAGCUAACCCCAUUGGUGGUCGCUACGACAGAUCGAAAUCUCUACGACAUAAUAUUGGCUUGUCUGCUCCCAUCAUAUCACGUUUUGACCUGUUUUUUGUGCUGAUUGAUGAAUGCAACGACAUUGUGGAUUAUGCUAUCGCUCGUUCAAUUGUAGAUUUGCACAUGGGGAGACAUGGCGCAGAAGAUACUCACACCAUCUAUUCAGUUGAUAACAUUCGUCGCUACAUCGCUUUUGCUCGUUGUUUUAAACCAAAAAUAAGCGGGGAAGCUAUGGAAUGCAUGGUUGAAGAGUACAAAAAAAUGCGUCAACGAGAUGCUUCCAGUGGAACAAAGUCUGCAUGGCGCAUCACUGUUAGGCAGUUGGAAAGUCUUGUUCGUCUUUCGGAAGCAACAGCACGACUACACUGCGCAGACACCGUAACACAAGUUCAUGUACGAGAAGCUUUUGCCCUCUUAAACAAAUCCAUAAUAAGAGUUGAACAGCCUGAUAUAAAUCUAGAAGAGGAAGACCAGCAUCAACUGACAGAUGCUUCGGAAACACCAGCUAUUGAUCAGCCAACUGCCGAGACAAAUACAACCGCUGGACAUUUACGAGUAACAUAUGACGAGUACAGACGGAUUGCUAGUCUUCUAAUUUUGAGGGCCCGAAACUGGUGCGAGACCUUGGCAACAGAUAGUGAGUCUGAUCAAACUCCUGGUGCCCCAAAAAGGAGUGAACUAGUCAACUGGUAUCUAGAAGAAGUUGUUGAUGAAUUUGAAACCGAAGCACAGUUAGCGGAAGUUAAGCUUCUUGUCGAGCGCAUAAUCGAUCGCCUAAUAAAAAAGGAUAAUAUUCUCAUAACUAUUGGUGGUACAGGAUUGGAUGCAUCUGCUGAUACCGCUGAUCCUUACAUUGUCGUGCAUCCUAACUACGUGGAGUAAUUAGAACUUUUUCAGAAAGAUGUAUUUAUAAUCAAGAUGUGCUUUUUAUGUAAUGAAAUUUUUAUUAAUUAGC